AUGUCGUCGAACCCUUGGGUUAUAUUUGGAUUCAGUGUGGCUCAUCUUGUUCUAUUACUUUGUGUUGCUGGUUGUAUUGCUUCCGCUUUUAUAUUUGGAAGAGGUUCGACUGGAGUUAACACCAAUAUUCAGAUGGAAAUCAAGAAUGAGACUAAUGGUGAGUGAAAUCAUAAGUUGUGAUGUGUAAUUGUGAAACAAAUAUGAAAAUGUUGCAGUUCUCAACCAGAAAGCCAUUUCUACCGAAGAUAAGCUGACUACAAUUCCUGCAACACCUUCUGCAGAUUCGAUUGACAAAAUGUUGAGUUAUUCGGAAAUCCUAGAAUGUCUUGAAAAUACAACUAUAAUCAACCAUCUUUCCUAUACACCCAAAUUUCACAAAUUGAUCGGAAGCAGCGGGCGUUUGGAUGAUGAAAAAGCAAAACCGAAUAGUUGUAUCCCGUUAACGAAAAUAUCGGUUCUUGUAAAAAAGGAAGUGGAAGAAUUCGAGGCAUUCAUUAACGUUUUCACAGGAUAUAAAUUUGAUUUCUUGAAUGUUUUUGGAACAAACAUGGAGGCUGAUAUUCCACAAAGAAAAAACAAUUUCAAAACAGAAAUGCGUUCAGUGGAUGACUUUGCGAAUAAAAUGAGAAAGGUUAAUUAUUUAAAUAUAUUUAUGAUAUUUAUUUUAAAGCAUUUUCAGAGUAUGGCAAAGGAAUGGAAGAGUUCACUUGUUAAAUACGAAAAAGCUGUUGAUGUUAGAAUCAAUAAAUUAUCGGAACAGAAACAAUCAAGUAAAUCAACUGUAUUUGUCACUGAUAUUGGCUUAUUGAGUAUUCCAUCAGUUGUUAUUCUUAUUUUCAUCAUCCUAUCGAUUUCACUUAACUGGACAACACCAAAAAGUCGAAUCAACAAAAUUCUUCUUAUUUUUAAUCACAUUUGUUUUGUUCUUAUGGUAUUGAUCAUAUUUGGAUGUGGUGCAUAUGUUAUUUAUGGAACUACUGUAACCAAAGAUGAAAUUUCAAUUCCUCAAGACAGUUCAAAAUACUUUGACUUUCAAAUUCCAUUAUAUGAAAGUGUCAACACCAAAUCCUCAUAUCAAAUACUUUCAACAUCAUCUGGAAAUCUACUCGACUCGCUUAAUGAUGAUAUUCUAGUUAAAGAAUCGACAUUUUUCGAAAAGUGGGAAAAUCAUCUUUUGAAUGACUUGAAAACGCAAAUGGAGACUGAUGAGGACAACCUUAAGUUCUAUACAAAAACUAAAUAUGCUUUGAAUAACUGGAAGAUUAUCAACGAAAUUGUCGAGAAAUUGGAAGUAAUCAAAAAGACAAUAGGAUGUGAAGAAUCAGUUCCAGCAAUUGAUUCUUUUAUGAAUGAAUUUAAGAAAAUGAAUGGAACGAUGGGAAUAUUGGCUGGAUUGUUUCAAAAGAAAGGAGAUGCACGAAAUGGCUUGGAGACAAAAUUGAAAGAGGUUUUGAAAGAACGUGUGAAAGUGGUCAAAGAUUUGGUGGAAAAAAGAAGACUUCACAUCAAUGUAAGUUCCAUUAUCCAAAAGAAGAAAUUUAGAUUUUCCGGUUUUUAAAUUGAAAUUAAAUUUCAAAAUAAUGCUUUUAUUUUUUGCAGGAUGGUAUCAUGCUUCUCAACAUCGAUUGCAAAUCAACCAUGAAAACCUUCUCAAAAAUCAACGAAAUUCAAGGAUCGAAUGAAGAUGAAAAGGAGCGGGGAAUUAUUGUUUUCAUAAAUUGCUGCGUUUUGUUGAUUUUAUUCAUCUGUGAGUUAUUCUAUCUUCUCACAUAUCGAAGAGUUGGGCCAUCUUUCGAAAAAUCUGAAUCAAUUGAUACGAAUCCAAAAGAAGAAACACUGGCACACCCACAACAACAAUUGCAACCCCCACCCGCUACCGCUUCCGCUCCCGAUCCCGCACCCGCACCCGCACCCGCACCCGCACCCGCACCCGCACCAUCACUCCGCUCGGAUAUCACCCAACCAUCGGACAAGGGAGAGGAUGGGACUCAGGAACCGUCAGACGUUCUUGAUGAAGCUACACAGAUGGUUUUUCGAAAGAAUUGGGCCGAAAACGUUCUUGAAGUGGUAAGACUUUUUGAAAAAAAUACAUAAAACAGGACUGAAUUAUUUUUCAAUUUACAGACUUUCAAACAGUUGCACAAAAGUUUUAUCUCGUUCAUAAAAACUGAUCUUCAUAUGGGAACAAUGUUGGAAGAAAAUAUAGAGAAAAACUAUCCGGGGAUGCGUAAAUGCGGCUUCAGUUACAGUUUGGAAACUCCAGUUAGGCUCAAAAAUCGAACAUCGUACUUCAUUCAUGCCAAUUUCGUGAAUAUGCCGGAUAUGAAAUUGAGAUUUAUUGCGGCAAUGGCUCCAACAUUGGAAAAAAUGGAUGACUUUUGGCAUAUGAUUUGGCACGAAAAUGUAAAUUCUUAGCUUAUCACACAUUUUCCUAUAUUUAUAAUCAAUCAAUAAAUUUUCAGGUCAAAACUGUCGUUAUGCUCUGCCAAUUUGAAGAAAAUGGUAACGAAAAAUGUGCUCCAUAUUUUUCUGAAUCCACUGGAAAGUAUGGCGAAUAUACGGUCAAGAUGAAGAAGAAGAAGGAGAAAAGCGGAAUCGAGGGAGCCAUCUGGAGAGUAUUUGAAGUGACUUGUGAAAAAGGAAAAGGAAUCACAAAAGAAAUCAAUCACAUUCAAUAUUUGGGUUGGCCUGAUCACUCGAUCCCAGAAAACCCUCAAACAGCACUUGAUCUUCUUGAGAUGGUCAAACAAUUGAAUUCUGGACGUGAUUCUCCAAUUCUCGUCCAUUGUAGUGCUGGAAUUGGUCGAACUGGAACUUUGAUUACCAUUGCAUAUUGCAUUGAAGCGAUGAAACGCUAUGAGAUUGAUCGUCAAUUGAGGACACCGCUGGCCGCAGUGAGACGAAUGAGAAAUGGUGCGGUGCAAAAUUCACUUCAAUUCAUUUUCAUCUAUGCAGUUCUUCUUAAAAUGAUGAAAAAUGUUAGUUUUUCUAUUUACUUUUUUUUAUUGAUAAAAAUAAUGAAUAUAUAUUUCAGGAUCCAAACGACAUUGUUGACAAAUCAAAGAUCGACAAGUUCUUGAAGAAUUUCGCCGAAUAUCGCCGCAAUCCAAUAAAAGAUCAGCCAAGUCAAAAAAGCGAAUCAACAAAGGAAACUCGAAAAAAAUGA